UCAAAGUUUUAGUUUGAGGUUAUAUAAAGUUCGAUUUUGUUUCUUUCGUGCAUUUUGUUAAAUUAAAUAGGCAUAAUUUUUGUAUUUCUAAAGGUGUUAAAAAUAUUUGACCCCCCCUCUCUCUUUAUACUUAAUAUGAAGGCCCUCAUACAGCGAGUGAUGAAAAGUAGUGUUUCAGUCGGCGGCGAAGUAGUUAGCAGUAUAGAUCAAGGACUAUGUGUUCUAAUUGGCAUUUCAAACACAGAUACAACUAAAGAUAUGGAGUACAUUGUGAAAAAGAUCCUCAAUACCAAGUUAUUUGAGAACAAUGAGGGUAAACGAUGGGCUCACAGCGUGGUGGACAAGGAGUUGGAGAUCCUCUGUGUCAGCCAGUUCACACUGUAUCACACAUUGAAGGGUAAUAAACCAGAUUUCCAUCAUGCAAUGCCAGGCGAAAAAUCUAAAGAGUUUUAUGAAGAUUUUUUACAAAUGCUCAGAAAGUCAUACAAAGCAGACAAAAUCAAAGAUGGUGUGUUCGGAGCCUACAUGCAAGUUUCCAUUCAGAACGAUGGUCCCGUCACUAUACAAGUAGAAUCACCUAACAAUAAUGCAAUAAAAGAAGUCCCAAGUUAAAAA